UAAGAGGUUGUGGAGUAUGAUGCCUUAACAAACGGGAAAUGUUGGUAAUUGGUUAACAUUGACUUUUAUAGAUAAUAAUUAUAAGGAGACAACGCGUUCUAAGGUAAUGGUUGAAAUAAAAUAAAACUUACUAGCUAUAUAUAUUGAGGUUGAUUGUCUGCAAACUUAGUUAUGCGUAGCAAGCUAACAAGAAAAGCCAACUUAUUCCUCUAGUACUCGAACAAGCUGAGAUGGAGUUGAGAGGGGGUUGAUUUGUAUAGCUACAGUACAGUACAGAACAUUAGUUGUAAAAAACGCAUCGUACGUGAUGAAGGACCGGUUGGGAGAAUUAACCGCAAGCAAGACACAAGAUGAGGAUGUCACAGUUGAAAAGGAUGGAUAUAUGGAAGUCUUUUUCCGAAGGGUGGAAGAUAUUAGGGGACUCAUUGAUAAGAUAUCUUCUGGAGUGGAGGAGGUGAGGAAGAAGCAUGGCAUGAUGUUGUCUGCACCCAAUCCAGAUGAGAAGGCAAAGGACGAACUUGUCCAGUUGACCAGCGACAUCAAAACCAAUGCCAAUUCAGUGCGAGUUAAGCUAAAAUCUAUGGAGCAAUCCCUACCCAAGGAAGAUGUCUCUAACAGGGCCUCAGUUGAUUUCCGCAUUCAGAAAACCCAGUACACAGUGCUCUCCAGGAAGUUUGUGGAGGUCAUGACUCAGUACAACGAGACUCAAGUGUCGUUUAGGGAGAGAAGCAAAGGAAGGAUCCAGAGACAGCUGGAGAUAACUGGGAGAGUGACAAGCGAUGAGGAACUGGAGGACAUGCUGGAGAGUGGCAACCCAUCCAUUUUCACGUCUGAUAUCAUCUCUGACUCUCAGAUCACACGCCAGGCCUUGAAUGAAAUUGAGUCUCGGCACCAAGAUAUCAUCCGCCUGGAGUCCAGUAUCAUGGAGCUCCAUGCCGUGUUUAUGGACAUGGCCAUGCUGGUAGAAAAUCAGGGGGAUAUGGUCAACAACAUAGAGAAGAAUGUCUCCAACGCUGUUGAAUACAUAGGUCGUGCCAAAGAGGAGACCAAAAAAGCUGUGAGAUACCAGAGAAAAUCACGAAGGGGGGCCCAGGUCAGAACAACAGAAAACUCAACAGCAGUUUCUCAUGGAGCCAAGUACCAGUCAUCCAACCCUGCACAACAUUAAACUACUCCUACAAUACCAAGAUGGACACUUAUCUUCUUAGAGCGCAGUAGAGCCAUUGAUCUCUAUCAUACAAUUACACUAUUAAACCACUUGACAUCAUCUAAUGACCAUGUAAUAGGCCUACACAAUCUGACAGAGCCCUGGGUACUUCCUCCCACCAGUUUCUUUUUAUGUUCCUGCUACUAACCCGAAUAAAGUGUCUAAGAGAACAUGACUGACAGAAGGUACACGUCGACAAUGACUGCCAUGUGAUAACUACACACACACACACACACACACACAGAUUAAUAGAUGUGUCUUUACUACUCUUUAAGUCUGUGUAACUUUUUGCUUUGUGACUAUAUCUAUAGUUCUUAAGUACUAUUUUAUACUCUCAUUUAAAUAUUAUAUUGGAAACCAUUUCACUUUUAGGAAGCAAUGAUUGUGACUUGUUUUUGCUGCACUCAUCACUUUGAAUGAACAGAUUUUGUAAUACACACUCUGACAUCUUUUUAGUGUGUAAUUUCAGAAACGUAUGUCAUUUUUGUAUUAAGAUCAUCACUGCACAACAAAGUCGGAAAUAUUGUAUAUACCAUAUAAACAAUGAAUAUGAUGACUUAUCAACAUGAUUUUUACCUUAUCAUUUCAGUUUAAGAUAAUAUAUAUAUAUACAUAUAUAUAUGUAGGUACUACUUGAGUAGAUUGUAUAUAUUAAAAUAUUAUAUCCUAAAUAUUAGAAAUAAGUAAUUCAUUAUUUGAUUAAAACUCAACAUUCUGAUUCAAAAUGUAUAUUGAAUUUACUUGAAGUAUAGUCGUCACAAACCACAGUCACCUGCUAUAGCCCUCCCUUCCACGAACAUACUGUUACGUUAAACUCGUUCUGUUAUCUGGUGGUCAAUGCAUGUGUGAAAACAGCCUAGGCUACUCCUCUCUCUCCGUGUCCACCCUUGGAUCUAACUAGAAUCUAACCACAUGACUCCUUUCUUUCCUGUAUUUUAUUUACUGUGACCAGGCAGCAUCCUUAAGUACAAUAUAGCACUAUGUAGAAAUAUAUUAUACUGCACUGUACUUUACUGUACUAUAUUGCACUUUUUCUACUGUUUUGUAUUGCACUAUACUCAACUCUGUUAUACUGACUGAACUGUACAGUGAUUACCAAUUAACUGCAAUACUGACCACCCUACUCUAUUGUACUCUACAGUACUGUACUUUACUGAACUCAGUUUUUCUGGUCAAUAUUUCAGUCAGUUCUACUGUACUACGUACUGUACUGUUCAGUACUUUAUCGGACCACACUACUGAAAUCUACUGUUUGUUGUGGUAGUGUACAGAAGCUGUACUUUGCAACAAACAAUACUGAGCUGUACUUUGAUGUAUUAACGUGUGACAUGUACAGUAUAUGCCUUUGAAUUGUUCAGAUUUGGCCCAACCAAAUUCUGUCUUUUUUGUGGGCGGCGUUCAUUACAAUAAUAUCCAGUGUCUGGAAGCUUGCAUAUUCAUACCUUUGUCCUAUUUAGGAUACUUUACCAUGAAGAGAAUGACAUUGAUGCCAAUAAUUAUUCAUUUCUCUGUACUGUGGGUUAGUGUAAAGUGGAUUUCUGUGAUAAAAUAGCCCAACUAUAUUUUCAAUGUGUCAUGUGAUUCUUUCUGCAA